AUGGAAACAGGGAAGCAUGAUGAGACUGAAGAUGAGAACAAACUGGAUGGGGAAAAGCUGAUUGAGGAGAGAUCCAAAGAGGUGGAAACCCCUAAAGAUGAUCCGAAAGGAAAUCAAGAGGCGAGAAGAUUAUGGGUUGACGUGAUAAGUGAGAAUCGAAAUCCAACAAAAGGAAGGAUGAUGUCUUAUGUGGCACCGAAAAUGGUAGAGGGACAAAUUGAAAUCGAGAUUGAGGAUGAGGACAUCGAAUCUGAAAUUAGAUAUUGGGAAAAUGCCCUAAUCCUAUAUGUGCUGGGGGGUGACCUCAAUAUGAAUACGAUUAAGAAUUUCAUGGAGAGAAACUGGAAUUUUGUGCAGCUGCCAAACUUGUAUUAUCACGAUGAUGGGUACUUCCUGCUAAGAUUCAAAUCACAUGACGAUAUGGAAGUGGUGGUGAUGAAGGGUCCCUAUACAAUAAGAAGCAUGCCGGUGGUACUCAAAGAGUGGAGAACUGAUUUUAGUCUGAAGCAGGACAUGCUACGAACCAUACCGAUAUGGAUAAAACUUCCCAAGCUCCCGUUGUAUCUUUGGGGCGAACGAAGCCUUAACAAAAUUGGCAGUGCCAUUGGUACACCCAUGGUUACUGAUGAAUGCACUACCCACAAACUCAGAGUUUCCUAUGCCAGGAUGUUAGUGGAGGUCGACAUUACUAGAAAAUUGGUGGAAGAAAUUGCUAUCAAGGAUAAAGAUGGAAGAAAUGUUACAAAUGAUUUGGUUAGACACCAACCAGUUACCCAAAGAUCCUUAUCCACCAAAAGGUCAAAAAGAUCCUCAGCCACCAACUUAAGCCAGGAAAUAAUCCAAGCUUCUUCCCUUCGAAGAUUCACCUUUAAUGAUCUUAAGUUGGCAACAAGAAAUUUUGAGUCUAAGAAUCUUCUUGGUGAGGGGGGUUUUGGAACUGUGUUGAAAGGUUGGGUCAAUGAGCAUGAGAACUUUGCAGCACGACCUGGAACAGGGACUCCAGUUGCAGUGAAGACUCUCAACCCAAAUGGAUUUCAAGGUCAUAAAGAAUGGCUUGCUGAAAUUAAUUAUCUUAGUGAGCUCCAUCAUCCAAAUCUGGUUAGAUUGGUUGGCUAUUGCAUCGAAGAUGCUAAAAGGUUACUAGUAUAUGAGUAUAUGUCUCAAGGAAGCUUAGACAACCAUUUGUUCAAGACGGCAACUAAGCACCUUACAUGGCCUAUCAGAAUGAAAAUUGCAAUUGGUGCUGCUAAUGCCCUUGCAUUUUUGCAUGAGGAAGCUUCAAGGCCAGUAAUAUUCCGAGAUUUCAAGACAUCUAAUGUCCUAUUGGAUGAGGACUACAAUGCAAAACUUUCUGACUUUGGGCUUGCCCAAGAUGCUCCAGUGGGAGAUAAAACUCAUGUUUCCACUGAAGUAAUGGGAACACAAGGCUAUGCAGCCCCUGAGUAUGUGAUGACGGGACACCUUACUUCCAAGAGUGAUGUCUAUAGCUUUGGGGUGGUUCUACUUGAAAUGCUGACAGGAAGAAGAGCCGUGGAUCAAAGAGUUCCUAGGAAGGAGCAAAACUUGGUGGAAUGGUUGCGUCCUCGUCUUAGGGAGAAAGAUAAUUUUCACUAUCUAAUGGAUCCAAGACUUGGAGGUCAAUACCCAAUGAAAAGUGCUCGUAGGGCAUUGUGGUUGGCCACUCACUGUAUUCGUCAUAACCCUAAAUCAAGACCCCUUAUGAGUGAAGUGGUUCGUGAGUUGAAAUCUUUGCCUCUUUUUCGUGAUGAUGAUGACAUGGUUUCUCAACCUGGUCCCACAACUUCAUCAGUUUCCUCAGUCUCAAUUCCCUCAACCUCACUUCAAAGAUUGGAUGUAGGCCCCUCCAACCAUGGUGGUGCGAACAAGUAUGGCCUCAGAACAGGUCAAUCACCAUACGUUCGAAGGCACUUUCAAGCCUAUCCUCUACCUCUUCCAAAUCCUGGUGUUGGAUCUUCAUCCAAUCCUACUGUUGCAUCUUUGUCCAAUGUAGUAGUUAACCCUAGUGUUCGACAACCGAUCUAA